CAACCAAGUUGAUAUAAGAGGCGGCAACGCGCGGUCGGCACCACCAGUUGUUGCUCAUCCGCCGACCCCAUGAUCCGACCGGCGGCCCUCGUGCUCGCGCUCGCCGCCACCGGCACCCUCGCCGCCUCCUUGUCCAGGACAGACGCCAACACCGUCGAAGGAGCGAAAAAGCCCGGCGGCGGGUACAAUGGCUUCCCGAGCUUCCCGAGCUUCCCUCCUUACGGCUACGCGGCCGGCUUCCAGCAGGGCAACUUCGGUUUCCCCGGAUCUGCGUUCCCGGCGCCGUUCCAGAUGCCGUUCCCGCCGGCGCCGCACGCCGCCUUCGACUUCAACAGCGUGUUCAACGCCUACAUCAGCGCCCUGCAGCAGUACACGGACAAUCUGCAGAAGCUGCAGCAGCAGUACCAGCAGACCCAGGCGGCGAUCGCCUCGAGGUACGCCAAAAACUCGGACGAAAGCGGGAGCAAGGCCGGUGGUCGCGGCGUUUUGUCCGACCUCCGCGAGGCUCUCUGCCGCAACUUUCAAGCAUAUCUUGGACGUGACCCUUCUGUGUGCAGCAACCCUGGUCCCAGCUACUUCGUGGGCAGCGCCACCGGCGCCUCCACAGGAGGAGGUCCAGGCCAGAUCUCAGUCUCAGCGCCCCCUGGCUCUGUUGUUCAGCACUUUGAAGGGCCUGGCGGACUUCAGGGCGUGUCCGUGACAACCUCCGGCAACGGAUUCCAAGGGUUCGCCGGCGGCGCCUCGUUCGGCGGCGGCCCCUUCUCUGCCGGCUCCUUCGGCGGUUCGAGCAGCAGCAGCGUCGGCGGCGCCGGCGGCGCCCCCUUCUCGGCCGGCUCCUUCGGCGGAGCCCCGUUCGCCGCUGAAAGCUUCGGCGGCGCCGGCGGAGCCCCGUUCGCCGCGGGCACCUUCGGCAGUGGCGGCGGCAACAACGGCGGAGGCGGCGGCGUCUUCACGUCGUCGUCGUCAGGCGUGUCGUCGGUCAACGGGCAGACGGAGUCGUUCCACCAGUCGACGACGGGCCACGUGGACAACAACGGCCAGGUCAGCUCGAUCACCGUGAGCAAGCCGUGAGAGCGAGCGGUCCCGACACGAAAGCAGGCGCGCACUACAUCGACAAAACAAAUGAAAGCUGAAAAAUCUAAAAAAAAAAAAUUUAUAAGAAUUAUAAUUUUAAUAACAGACUAAAUUUAAAAUAUUGGAAUGGAAUCACAGAAAAUCGAAACGGAAUCGAAUAUAUAUUUGCUUUAUACCGCACUCACGAUGCAAGCGUUGCUUUGUAAAAGGACAGGAGUGGAUGGGGGAGACGGAUUAUUUUAUAUAAUAUGUGUAAUUUUAUUUUAUUUCGUAAACGCCCGAAUUUUGUAACCAGCAUGCACUCUCUGGCCCCGGCAGUAUUUGCGUAACGAAAUUCGUCAACACCUCCCAGGCCGGGCGAACGGCCUCUCGAGUGAGACUGUUUUUCACCACGAGCCAUAUAAUGUAAUACGUAUUUGUUAUUUAAUAAAGAGCUGGGAUUUUACGACGCUCCGCGAUAUAAUUACUUCUAAAUUAGGUUUACAUAAGAUUUCCUAAGUAGUAGUCUUUUGAUUUCGUCUAAAAAUCCCAACCCUAGCUUUUACUCUCCAUAGACCGCGAUUUCCGCAAAAACAAACAAAAAUAAUAAGAGGCGGAAAUUGCGUUCGCAUAGUUUUCGGUUUAAGGCACUUGAAGAGACCAGGCAACUUCCAACUGACACACACACAAUUAAUGAAAUAGAGUUCAUUCGAAUGUAAGAGAAAUAAAUAAAAUAAGCGACCCGAGAUGUGAUAUUGUAUUUUGAAUAAAUAAAGCAGAGCCAUUGCAGCA